AUGAACAAUUCAAAUAUAAUUAAGGUUCAUAAUAUUGUGCCAGAUGGUUUAAUUAUAAGUCAUCUACCUUUUGGCCCAACUGCCUACUUUGGAUUACUCAACGUGGUUACCAGACAUGAUAUUAAAGACAAAAACGCUAUUGGGACAAUGCCUGAGGCUUACCCACAUUUGAUUCUUAAUAACUUCAAAACACAGCUAGGUGAAAGAACAGCGAACAUUCUAAAGCAUUUAUUUCCAGUGCCAAAGCCAGAUGCUAAACGCAUUAUCACUUUUGCUAAUCAGUCUGACUAUGUUUCUUUCAGGCAUCAUAUAUAUGAGAAGCCAGGAGGUCCUAAAUCAGUUGUGCUGAAGGAGAUUGGUCCUCGAUUUGAAUUGCGGCUUUAUCAGAUAAAGUUGGGAACAGUUGAUCAGAGUGAAGCCCAGAUUGAAUGGGUGAUCAGACCAUACAUGAACACAACCAAGAAGAGGAAGUUCCUUGGGGAUUGAUAAUCAGAGAAUCGUUGCAGGCUUUAUUCUUUGUGUAGGAUUAUGUUUUCCCGAGUACUUUGAGGUGUUGGAUUUAACAUAAUUUAUAAAAAUUUUGUUUCUCACACCCAAAUGUAUGUAGCUAAUAUUCAUGAUUACAUGGUCAUAUUAUUUAUAAUUGAUUUGAAACAAUAGUAGUUUACUUUAGAACCUUCCUGGACAAGCUCAAGGAAUAUUUUCAUUA